AAAAUUAUUAUUUUUGGGAAAAGGAAUUGUUUGUGCAGAUAGAUUGAGUGAGGACUGAAGAGAGCACCUCUCGGCUUUCACUCAGUCGUGCUCACUAGUAUUAUAUAUAUAUAUAUAUAUAUAUAUACUUCUAUUUAUAUAUUUUCCCCAAUUAAUCCUUUCAAUUACUCCAUUAAUCAACCUCCCACAUUUUAACCUCCUUUUCUCUUUCGAUAUGAUUCAUCUCUUUCUUCUUCAAAUUUUUUAGGGUUUACAAUUCCUGCAAUUAUAAUGGCGUCGAUUCCUGCUUUGCUACCUGAAAUUGCUUCCUCAUCUCACUGCUGUUCGCUUUCUUCUCGUCGCCGGACUACCAUUAUCAGUUAUUUUCUCUCUCUUCCUGAACUCCUACAUUGUUCGACAAGCUUCUACUCCUUUUCUUCCCUCUUUUGUUUCGCUUCCGGAAAUAAUAAUAGAAGUAAUUAUCAUCGUCAUCAUGAUUAUCAUUCAAGAUCUGUUCUGGUAAGAAAGAGAUGGAGAUUGAAUGCAAAUGCAUCUCCAUUGCGUGUUUUGGAUGCUCAUGUUAAUGGUCAUUCUUCUACUAAUCAUGUCGGCGUUGAGAUUCCCGUUACUUGUUAUCAGAUCAUAGGUGUUCCUGAUAAGGCAGAGAAGGAUCAAAUAGUGAAGUCUGUGAUGGAUUUGAAAAAUGCUGAGGUUGAAGAAGGGUACUCAGUGGAAGCUGUUGCAGCUCGUCAGGAUCUGUUGAUGGACGUUAGAGAUAAACUUCUUUUUGAGCCAGAGUAUGCUGGGGAUAUUAAGGAGAAAAUUCCUCCAAAGUCUACUCUUCGAAUUCCAUGGGCUUGGUUACCUGGGGCUCUUUGUCUUCUUCAAGAGGUUGGGGAAGAGAAGCUUGUUUUAGACAUUGGCCGAGCAGCUGUCCUGUGCCCUGAUUCCAAGUUACACGUUCACGAUAUACUUCUUUCUAUGGCUCUUGCAGAGUGUGCAAUUGCCAAGACCCAUCUGGAGAAGAAUAAAGUAUCUCAAGGAUUUGAAGCUCUUGCUAGUGCACAAUGUCUUUUAAGGAGUAAAACAUCCCUUGGAAAAAUGAAACUUCUUUGUGAGAUUGAAGGUUCUUUAGAAGAGCUAGCACCUGCUUGCACAUUGGAGUUAUUGGCAAUGCCUCAGACACCGGAUAAUGCUGAGCGCAGGCGUGGAGCAAUUGCAGCUUUGCAAGAAUUGCUGAGACAAGGUCUUGAUGUAGAGGCUACAUGCCUAGUCAAAGAUUGGCCUUGCUUCUUAAGCAAUGCACUGGGUAAACUCAUGGCUUCAGAGAUUGUUGCUUUGAUUCCUUGGGAAAGUUUAGCAUCAGUGCGGAAGAAUAAGAAAUCUCUUGGCUCUCAAAAUCAAAGGGUGGUGAUUGAUUUUGAUUGUUUCUACACUGCACUAAUGGCUCACAUUGCUUUUGGGUUCUGUAGUAGGCAAAAAGAUUUGAUCACCAAAGCAAGAUCAAUAUGCGAGUGUCUGAUGGUGUCAGAUGGUAUUGACUUGAAACUUGAAGAAUUAUUUUGCUUGUUUCUUCUUGGACAGGGUAGUAAGGCUGAUGCUCUUGAAAGGCUUCGCCAGGUUGAAUCUAUUAAAUAUUCGGCGUCAAGGAACUCACUUUUAAGAAAGAGCGAUAAAGAUGCUUCUGUGACAGAUUAUUCUUUGGAAAAGUUUCUGAAAGAUUCUGUGCUGUGCUUGUUUUCAGAUACACGAGAUUUUUCUCCAUCAUUGGCUGGGUUUUUUGGUCAGGAGAAGAAAGCCAUUGGCAACAAGCAAAGUCGAAAUCUGUCACCAGCUAUCCCAAAUGUGAACCGAAGAGUGAUAUCCCCUGCUGUUUCAUCUGAUCGAAUAGUAUCUGAUGAGCGUCUUGCUUCAUUGUUAUCAUCCCAACAUAUUGGGCCUUCUGUAAAGCCGUUGGCUCUUACUAACUUGGGAAGCCCAUUACAACAAGAAAAACCUGCCAUACAGAGUGUUCCUGAUUCCCCAUCACCACAGUUGAAGAGAGAACUUGGUAGCCACCAUCAGCAAGCUACUUUCAGCGGGAUGACUCAAGGAAAUAUUGUUGGGCGUAUAACAUUUGUCACAGUUCUAGGUUGUAUUGUCUUUGCAACCACUUCAAAGCUCCUGGGCAGGCAGAGUGCCCAUUUCUAUGACUCCAGAUUGGUCAAUAGAAGAACGACCUUGUCUUCUAUUAGUGGUCACUCUGAGCAUAAAAACAUGCAUGAAAACUUCACUUCAGCAAUGCAGCAGUUUUUAUCAAGUUUGAAAUCAGGAGUCAAAAAUCAUUCUAGCUCUGGAAACAGGCAGAAAUCAUCUCUUACUGCUAGCUUAUCGUCACCUGCGCCUGUUGCAUAUAAGACUAUAUUGACUCUUGAAGAAGCUGAAGCUCUCGUAAGGCAGUGGCAAGUGAUUAAAGCUGAAGCCCUUGGACCUGAGCAUCAAAUUCAUUUGCUCUUUGACAUUCUUGAUGAGGCUAUGCUGGUUGAGUGGCAAGCUUUGGCAGAGGCUGCGAGAGCCAAAUCAUGUUUUUGGAGAUUUGUUUUGCUGCAACUGUCCGUCCUACGUGCUGAUAUUUUCUCAGACAUCACGGGCACAGAAACAGCGGAAAUUGAUAUCCUUUUAGAGGAAGCUGCAGAGCUUAUCGGUGAAAAUCAACCAAAGAACCCAACGUAUUAUAGCACAUACAAAAUCAGCUACUUUCUAAGACGACAAGAAGAUGGAUCAUGGAAGUUCUGCAAAGCAGAUGUAGAUACUCCAUCCUGAAUCCUGAUAUUCAACUGUAUAUGAUAGCUGAGUAGUUAGGAACUUACUAAUUCUUUAGUUAAUUAAGUUGUUUUUACCACUAACCCAGACUUUGUAAAGAAUAGCUUAUGGUAGCGGCGUCUGUUCCCAUAUAGGAAUGUGUAUUUUCAAGAGCAAAUAGCGUGUGAUUUUGUUGGUGAGCUGAGCACUGCUGCUGAUUAAUUAACAUUUUUUACUUUGUAUGAAAAGAAUCAUUCUUUGUAUUCGUCACAUUGAUUGUUGGUGUACUAGUUGGACAAUUCCCACUAUUA